CAGCGCUACGUGCUUUAAAGAUGGCGGCAUGUGUGAGUGUGGGAUCUGAUGUUUUUAUUAGCCUCAACUUUGUGAUUUGAAGUUCUGUAUUUAGGUAGACGGUAAAGGUCAGGUUUCUGUAGAUCGCUUAGACUCGCGCUCUCCGUCGUAGGGCAGAUAGACGGGGAGGUGAUCGGUCAGGCUUGAAGAGGUAGAGUUGGUGGACAGUUUGACACGCUAAAACUGACAGCUGUAACGUUAAUCAGCUAGCUGUUCACGUACACCUAGAAAGGGCAUCGUUCACGAAACCUUCAGCAAAUGUGACCUUCUGUGCGUCCAACACUGCGUAGCCAGUAGGCGACACCCAGCUAGUCAGAUCACAUUGGUAGGUUUAGAAAGUAAGAUUAGGUGCUUACUGCUUUGCCAUUGUAAUCAGGUGACCUGCGAGUCUCUGAAUGCUGCUGGUUACAUUAACUUGCAAACCUUACAACCCCAUAGAUAAAUCAGUUGUGUGUGUUUAGUGAAGUUUGUGUUGAUUUUAUUUAUUUUGCCAAGAACCUCCAGCAUUUUCAAGCUCAUAAAGCCCCUUUAAUGACUUGCUCUGGAAAAGUAGUUUUGACUGGUGGUCUGUCUAUUUGAACAGUGACAGCAAGAGCUGCAAAAUUCUACAUUAAAUAUUUUUUCCCCUGACCAUUUCUCCAAUACUAUUUUGCGGUAGUAGAAUGCUAUCCCGAGCUUUAAGGAAAACUCUUUCCUAUGGAAAUCCAAUAGUGGCGGGUUUCACUGGGAGCUACUGUAGUCGUCUGUGUUUUCAUCAGACCGCCGCGUGUAAAGUUGCUUCGCAAGCUGAAUGUGGCUUCAAACCUGCGAAGGUGGCGGUUGUGACUAAGACCACACGAUAUGAAUUCGAGCAGCAGAGAUAUCGAUAUGCGGGACUGUCGGAGGAGGAUCUAAAACAGCUGCUUGCCCUAAAAGGAUCCAGUUACAUUGGGCUUCUGGAGAGACACAAUAUACACACCUUUAAUGUUGGACAGAUUGUGGACAGUCUACAGAAACAGGGGAUUGAGGUGCGCAUUGUAAAAAGAGGAGAAUAUGACGAGGACACAGUACGAUGGGCCGAUGCCAUUAUCUCUGCUGGAGGUGAUGGAACCAUGCUACUUGUUGCCAGUAAAGUGUAUGAUAAGAACAAACCUGUAUUGGGGGUCAAUACAGACCCAGAAAGGUCAGAGGGCCACCUGUGUUUACCUGUGCGCUAUACACAAGCCUUUUCUGAGGCCUUACGGAAACUCAGGAAGGGUGAGUUCAGGUGGCAGUGGCGUCAGCGUAUCCGUAUGUACUUGGAGGGCACCGGGAUCAACCCGACUCCAGUGGACCUGCAUGAGCUGCAGCUGAGCCUGGAACAGCACAGCAAAGCACACCGUAUCACCACUGAGACUCAGCGCAGUACGACACACGACAGUUCUGAAAGGCCUCACCUACUCCCUGUCCGAGGGCUCAAUGAGAUCUUCAUCGGGGAAUCUCUGUCCUCCAGGGUGAAGUAUAAAUCCUUCAAACCCCAUCUUACACUCUCGCUUCAUAGGGCUUCAUACUAUGAAAUCUCCAUCGAUGACGGGCCGUGGGAGAAACAGAAGAGCUCAGGGCUCAGCAUUUGCACUGGAACUGGAUCUAAAGCCUGGUCCUACAAUAUUAAUAAGCUUGUGGAGCAGGCAGUGGAGGAUGUCCUUAGAAUAGGAAAAUCAAAAACGGGUUUGGAUGUUCCUCUAAAUCGGGAGUUCAUUGCGAGUGUGACUGAGACAUACAAUGAGUCUCUAAUCUUCGGCCCAGAGGAGGACAAACUUUUCUUCAGUAUAAGGGAGCCUAUUGUCAACAGAGUAUUUUCCAAUAGCCGACAAAGAGGUUUUGCCAAAAAGGUUUGUGUCCGCUCAAGGUGCUGGGAUGCCUGCAUGGUGGUGGAUGGUGGGACGUCCUUCGAGUUUAAUGAUGGUGCCAUUGCUACCAUCAGCUUAAAUGAGGAGGACCUGUUGCGAACUGUCAUUCUUGAUUAAAUCAUUUGAUACAUCAUACUGUUGCUCCAUGAACUAUAUUAAGGACUGAAUGAUUGUCUUUAGACUUUGAGAUGGACAUUGUGUUAUUUAAGCACUGAGUUUUAAUGGAUGAUGUUUGCAGAUGAAAUGUACAUAUCAGGAUUUCACACUUUAAAUUACCCUCUUUGGUUGCACCCCCCAGAAAUGAACAUUCAUAUUUUUCCUAGACACAUCAGCAUUAGAUGUCAAGUGUCACAUCACUAUUGCUUUAUUUAAACAAUAUUCCAGAAAUGCCCAUGUUACUGAAAUGUGAUUGGAACUUUUUGUUGACAAGAUUAUUUAUAAUACAUAUUGAACA